UAGUCAUAACCAUAAAAAACACUCCAACUCCCCCACCUCUCACUCCACCCACCCCAACAAAUGUCUCUCUCCGUCAACAACUUGAAAAUCCAUAAGAACAGUUCAUUAAGAGUUGACCAAAUGAUGAUCAUUUAUCAUGGGUGUGAUUACAUUAAUCCAAAAACAAAAAAAUGAGUUAAUUACAAUCAAGAAUUGAUACCUAUAUUUCCAAGAAAAAUCAAAGACAUCAAAGAGACCUUGUCUACCACCAAACCAUAUAUCCUUUGAGUAAUCUUCAAGAUUUCUUUGAAACCUCAGUUUUUUCUACUUUGCCCCCUUCUCUCUUUUGCUCUCUCUUUAUUCUCUCAUUGAAACACAACCCCAUAAAGAGAAGAAAAAAAAAAGUGUUAUGGAAAAUCACCAAUUCAUAUACCCAAUUCUUGUCUCCCUUAUCACUGCCCUUGGCCUUGUUUCCAUCUCUCUAUGCAUAGCUGCUGAAUUCAAGAAAACAAAGAAGAAAGAUCUCAGGUUUGAUGGAAAAUGGUGUUACUUGCCAGGAAGUGUGGCCUUUGAAUUGGGGAUUGGAGCUUUAAUUUGUUUAUUAAUUGCACAAGUGAUUGGGAACUUGUUGAUAUGUACAAUUUGCUUCUCAAGGGACCAUCAAAACAGUUCAAAGCCUAACAAGAAGCUUACCUUUAACAGCCUCAUUUGUGUUCUUUCAUGGAUGAGCUUUGUGAUGGGAAUAAUUUUGAUAGGAACUAGCAUUAGCAUGAGCAAAAGCCAACCACUUGGUGAAGGGUGGCUUGAUGGUGAAUGUUACAUAGUCAAAGAUGGUGUCUACAUUAUUUCAGCAAUUUUGGUAUUUGUAACUUUGAGCUCAACACUUGCUUACCUCACCUUGAAAAUAAAGAAGAAGAAUCCGGUACAAACAAGAUGGCAAGAUACCUCUACAAGUAAUUGAAUACGUAGAAAGAUAUAUACAAGAUGAGAAAUGAAAUACAAAAUGUAUAGACUUACUUAGCAACAAUUUUUUAAUUAUUCCUUUUUAUUAUAGAGAUAGAGAAUCAAUGCUCUUCUUCCUCCUAAAAGAAAGCACAUAAGAUCCAAAUUCAAAAUAAAAUGUGCAACUAUUCUAUCUUUGCA